UUUUUUAUUUAUUCAAGUGGGAAUAGCUAGCUAUAAUUGUUUUAUUAAUUUUUAUAUAUAUUUUUUAAAAAAUCUCCUUUUCAAAAGAGAAUUGUAAUUAAGAGAUGGUGAGAACAACUUGCUACGACGAAAAUGGAAGGAAGAAAGGGAGUUGGACACUUGAAGAAGACAAGAAAUUAGCAGCAUAUAUUACUAAAUAUGGCUCAUGGAACUGGAGACAACUUCCCAAGUAUGCUGGUCUAGCAAGGUGUGGAAAAAGUUGUAGACUUCGAUGGAUAAAUCACUUAAGGCCAAAUGUUAAAAGAGGUAACUAUACCGAAGAAGAAGAUGAAAUCAUCUUGAACCUCCAUGCUCAACUUGGAAAUAAGUGGUCCAUGAUUGCUGCUCACUUCCCCGAAAGAUCAGAUAAUGAAAUAAAGAAUCAUUGGCACACAACACUUAAAAAGCGGACUGCUACUACUAAUAAUAAGAAUAAUAUUGAAAGCAAUACUAGAAGAAAGAUCACUAGUGUGGAAAAUCAAAAUGCAAGUGCUAAUAACAAUAAUAAUAAUAAUAUGCAUGAGAAUAUAGUAUUGGAAAGCUCAGAAUGGUCACCAAAUGAGUCAUCAAGUGAAGCAUUAUCCUCUAUUGAUUAUCAACAAGACAUUUUUCAAGAAGAAUUGGCUAAUUUGGAGGAAAUUACAAGUGGAAGUUUUUGGACACAACCAUUUGAAGUGGAUACUAAAAUUGAUUUUGUAGCUCCUUCAAUUGAUUAUUGUGGACUUGUGUGUCCACCUUCUCCUUUUAUACCUCAUGAAUUUCUUUCCUCCUUUGACUUCGAUGAUUGUAAUAAUUAUUGGUAAAAAAAAAAUAAUCCAAAAGAAGUACCUAAUGAUUCAUCCCAAUACAUUCAACUUCUUCUUCGACGAA